AUGGCAAACGGAAUUUCCAUAUCGAUAGAGAAAAUUCUUUACAAGAAGCUAGCUAGCAACAAUUUUUAAAAGAAAAGUUUAGUGAAUUAAACACAAAUUACUGGAGGAUGUUUAUACCCGGUGUCCGAUAAUGGAAUCUUCUUUAAAAAGGGGUGUUAGGUUACUUACUGGUAUUUUACUGGUAGAUCUAGACUGUGUAGAUCAAACCAUUGUACUUGUGUGAGGAUACUAAACUACAUAAGUACAGGACUAGUCUAUCAUAUGGCUGAAAACAACACAUUCCGUGCAGCUGAUUUCUCGACUCAAGAAGAAAAUAUGAAGGAUGCAGGCAACUGUGCAGAUGAAGAAAAAAAGAGUGGGAUUUAUUUUAACCCUCCCCUAUACACACAAAGAUAUUCAUUGGCAGUCAAGUAUCUGUCUGAACACAAAAUCAAAAGUGUCAUUGAUUUUGGCUGCUCAGAGUGCAACUUCAUUAGGCUUCUGACAACAGUUCCUAGCUUAGAGCAAAUAGCGUUUAUUGAUGUGGACAAAAACUUACUCAACUCCAAGAAAAGUUGUAUUUUACCAGAGCAUAGGCAUUAUAUUUUUAAACGCUCUCUGCCCUUGCAUGCUUCUAUCUAUGCAGGUAGCGCUGAGGAUGUUGAUUUCAGAGUAGUAGGAUAUGAAGCUAUUACUAUGAUUGAACUGAUAGAACAUCUUGAGCCAGAUGUACUAAGCAAUGUUACAAAGAAUGUGUUUGCUAACCUCAGACCCAAAUUGUGCAUAGUUACAACACCCAAUGCUGAGUUUAAUGUGUUAUUUCAAAAUUCUGACCCCACAGCAUUCCGUCAUUGGGAUCACAAAUUUGAAUGGAAUCGAGCAGAAUUUCAGACCUGGUGUGAAGAUGUAUGUGAUACAUAUGGCUACACAGUCAAGUACUCUGGUGUUGGGGUCCUACCCAAAAAACCUGAGACCCACCACCUGGGACCCUGCUCUCAAGCCGCCAUUUUUCACUUGGCCUCAGAUGCUUUUAACAGAAAUCAAAACAGGGAAUUCCAGACAUCUUACGAGUUAGCAUUUUUUGAACAGAUAGCAGAAUCUGAGUUUCCUUACGAAGAUAAUUCCCUGAGCCUAGAGGAUAAAAUAGACAACGCAGUGUUGUACAGCCUAGGCUAUUUUGUCAAGAACCACCGACAGGAAGACACCAAUCUCCCUCUGAUGAUCCCAGUGGCCACCCUGGCUGAGUUCCCUGUGGUCAAGUCUCUGUGUGGUGUGGAUGGUGUCAGAGAAAGUCUACUCAGAUCUCAGCUUGACCUGUCUGCUGAUGGCGUGUAUGUUAAGGCACCAAAUGACUCUGAUGGGGACUCUACCAGUGGAGAAUCAGAUGAAACAAACUUUGUAUCUAGUUUGGAGGAAAAAGACAACAUUGGACAAUACACUAUGGGGGAUGAAGAUUGGGACUUGGAUUGACUAUAAAACUUCAGUUUUUAAACAAUGAACACUGCAGUUGUUACAACCCAAUGUGUAGCCUUAUAAGGUAUUGACAGCGGUUUGUUAUCUGCUCUACCUCCCUGUGAUGAAAAUGAGAAAACUCCAGCUUUAUCUUUCAACAAGAAAAAUGUCCGUCCAAACUUAUGUCAUGCAGCAUGUUUUUAAAUUGUGAAAGUUAUUACUACAUCGUUAUAGUUCACACGGAAAAGUCUGUUUUAUCUUUUCAUGCGUUAUUAUUUUCAUGUAUGUUAUUAUUUUCAUGUAUGUUAAUCUGUUACUAUUCUGUGGAAUACUUUAGCUCAGUCUACACUGUAAUUGCUGCAAGAUCGCACGCAAUUGCGUUAUAAAUUUUUUUUUAUUUAUACUGUAAAACCCCUUAUUCACUCUCAUUGUAAAAUUAAAACCUAUAUUAAUUAUGUCCAAAGCAUUUCCUAUGAUUUAAAACAGUAGUGAAGCCAAAUACAAUUUGAUGACAGAUACUUUUUCUAUAGAACUUGUAAGAUUUAGUAAGAUUGGGAAAAUUGUUUUUUUUAAUUAACAGGUUCAUAAAAAAGGGUAUUUUAAAGACUUCAAUUUUUUUUUCUUAUUUAAGAUCAUUUUCUUAUUAAUACAAAAAUUAACAAAGUAUCCAAAAGUGCAAGAAACCCAUUAUGACAAAAAAAAAAGCACAAUUUUGACGAUUUUUUUUUGCAUGUGCGAAUCCCCUUAAUUCAUCUAAAACCAGUUAGGGUUAUCCUCUGAAACUAAUUAAUAAAAGUAAAAGGGUGAGAAGAAAUCAUCCGUGUACCAACUUGUUUACCUAAUACAACAGAUGUUAGCGUUCUCUGUUCUUACUGCAUUUAGACUUCAUCAAAAGUAAUCACUUGGGCAUAGGUUGCUACAGCUGGUGAGGCCUAAAGUAGUUGAACCAGUUUUUAUCACUUGAUCAUAAGAAAAUUUUGUUUUAUCUAAGUUUUUCUAGUUUUGAUGUAAAUAUUUCAUUAUCUUUUUACCUUGACUCUUAAG